AUGUCCACCGUCCCCAAUGGCGCUGCGAAACCCAACGCACCCGGCUAUCCUCACCCCGACCCUUGCAUCUCUUUCUGGCUCCAGGGAUUCAGAAGCUCGCCACUCCUCGGUCAUCGCACUACUGAGUCUCUUCCAUCCAACGCCGAUGUGACGAUCAUCGGCUCUGGGAUCAGCGGCGCCAGCCUGGCCUACUUCUUGCUCACGGGCCCCAACCCGCCUAAGAGCGUCACGAUGCUCGAGGCUCGCGAGGCGUGUUACGGUGCCACUGGGCGUAACGGUGGUCAUUGCCGCCCCGACUGCUACCGCGGUUAUACUGGUUACAAGGCGCACUUCGGGAAGGAGCAAGCCAUCAAGAUCCUGCAAAACGAGAUGGAUACGCUCAACCUUGUCACCGAGAUUAUCGAGAAGGAGGGCAUCGACUGUGACUUCUGGCGCGGCAAGACCUUUGACGUUGCCAUGGACAAGGACGCUGCAGACUUCUUCAAGACGUCUUACGACGAGUUCAUCGCGGACGGCGGCAAGGUAGACGGCAUUGUCGAGUGGAUUGGCGACGCAGCAGAGGCGGAGAAGCGUACACGGUCUGAAGGCGCCGUGGCCGCCGCGGAGUUCCCCGCUUCAUCUCUUUGGCCCUAUAAGUUGGUGACGGCGCUGCUCAAGCUAUGCAUCGACAAGCAUGGCCUCAACCUGCAAACAAACACGCCGGCGCGGGCCGUCGAGCGCUCUGGAGAGAAGUGGGUUAUCAAGACUGACCGCGGUGAUCUUACCACGGAUAAGGUCGUCUACUGCACCAACGCCUUCACCGCGACGCUUCUCCCCGAGUUCAUUGGCCGCAUCAUGCCCUUCCGUGGACAAUGCUCAGCGGUCGUACCGACUAAGCCGUUCUCUGGUCCUAACAUCCUGACGCACACAAUGUCUCAUCGCUACGGUAUCAACAACUUCGACUACAUGAUUCAACGACCGAAGGACGGCAUCGUGAUCAUCGGUGGCGGCCGUUGGAAGGUCCCCAUGAAGGAGCUUGCAGGCCAUACGGAUGAUAGCGUGAAGUUGCCUGAGCUGACAGAGCAUCUCGCAGGCUCUAUGAAGACGUACAUGAAGGGCUGGGGUGAGGAGACCCUCGGCGAAGGACUGCUGUGCGACUGGGCUGGUAUUAUGGGGUACACGCCCGAAGCGGUCCCAUACGUCGGUGCACUCCAUGACAAGCCUAACUCCUUCAUCACUGCCGGUCACUCUGGCCACGGUAUGGCGCGUACCUUCACUUGCUCGAAGGGCAUCGCGGCCCUUAUUCGUGGUGAGUCCUGGGAGAGCACAAAGCUGCCUGAGUGCUUCCAACCUACGCCGGAGCGUCUGGCUGCGCCGAAGACGACCGUUGAGCAGAUAUGGCUGGAGGAGGAUACGACCGAUGUGCCUCUCAUGCAUUGA